GCUGUCAUGGAAACGGUGACAUUUAUAAUUUAUAAACAAACCCUGAGAAAUCGAAUUUUUCAUAGUUAUUAGUAUUUAAUUGCUGUAAAAUUUAUUUCAUUCGAGUCACACUGAUUACCUACUUUAAGUUUCUACUCACCAUGCUAAUCCCUGUAUUUCCCGAGUCAGUGAAUUGAAAACGAUUUUGGACGUUUCCAGGUAAGAACGGUCUUUUGUCACACUCACAAUGUCAACAGAAAAUACAAAUAAUCAAUAAUGAAAGUUUACUGUAAGGGUUUCAAUUUGUACGGACAAUUAAAUCAACCGGAACCCGUAGUGGAGGAGUUCAAGCAAUGUUUCGAUUUUGAGGUUAUAAAACGGGUUUGUAUCAACCAUUCUUAUACUGUGAUUCUCACCGGGGAUCAGGGUAUUGUUUUACAACAGAAAGAUAAAAUUCAUUUGAAAUCUACAAGUGAAAUAAUUCUGGUUACUUCUAAUGAUGACAGGGUUGUGUUGUUGGACAAAGUUGGUAAUCUACUGAAAGCCGAACUGUCAGAUUUCAGCCUGAUUUGUGAAAUUCCCAAUAGUUUUUUCUCUGAGAAAAUUAUAAAUGUCAGUUGCGGAUCCAAGUUGACAGUAGCAUAUUCCAUUGGAGGGUUCAUAUAUAAUGUUCCACAAAAACUCGAUUUCUGUAAUACAAGUAUUGUAGAUGUUACUUGCGGCAGGGAGCAUUGCUUAUUACUGGAUGAAUUCGGGAAUGUCUACUCCUUUGGAAGAGGAAGUCGUGGGCAGCUUGGCCAUGGGAAAUUAGAUGACGAGCCGGAACCUGUCCAAGUAGAAGGCCUAGCUGGUAUAAAAAUCACACAAAUAUCUACUGGGGGUUGGCACUCUUGCGCUAUUAGCAAAGAUGGAGACUUGUACGUUUGGGGAUGGAAUGGGAAUGGUCAACUGGGGCUUGCGGAAGGAGAGGAAGAUACAAAAUCCGUGUCUGUUAUGGCAACGCCCCAUGUUGUGGAUGUUGGGGAGGCUUCAAGAAACGUCGUGAAUGUUGCUUGUGGAAGUCGUCAUACCAUUGCUAUGUUGGACAACCAACACCUGUAUGGAUCCGGAUGGAACAAAUAUAAACAACUGAAAAAUGAUGAAAAGGAAAACUAUUCAGCUUUCACUUACUUGCAUGACUUCACUGAUAGUGAUGUUCUUGAUAUUGUUUGCGGUCCGUGGAAUUCCGCCGUUAUAUGCAACUGAAUGCCUGUCUUUCCUCGAAGACUUUUGUGUUAACCACUGUUUACCACUCAGAUCAAUCGCUACUGAUAACUUUCAUGGCGGUGAAUUCAAUUACGUUUUGAGAAGCGAUCUAUUACAUGCCGUGAAGUAAAUCAAUAGUAACUAUCUAUUUUUUAUGUAUUACUAGUGGUAGACAUGCGAUGUGUUUGUGUUCUUCAUGAGCGACUUUUUAAUAAUAAUUGUAUACUAUCUUGA